AGUAACGAUGUAAGUUAUAUUGAAUUAAAUAAGCGUCGUUGAUUUAAUAAAUUCGAAUUACUUAGUUCAAUAAAAAUUUAAUUUAUUAAAUCAAAAUAUCGUUGAAUGAAUAAUAGUUUGAUUGCAAUUACAAAAACUCAUUGGUUAAUUAUUUAUAUAAUAUUUUUGUUGAUUCGUAUAGAAUUUUUCGUUAGGUGGAAAGUAGCUUUCGAGUAAAUUGAUUAGUUUUAUUUUUACAUUUUAUUGACUCGACAAAAUUGUUUGCCCCCACCUAUUAUUAUUAACUGAAAUGAUGCCACCGUAAAAAUUACACAUAUGAAUUCACCAUGUAUAAGAUUAUAUGUCAUAUGAUGAUACUAUUGAAUUCAAAUGUAUAUUGAAACAAUAAAUAAUAAUCUUAAUCCACUAAACAUCGUUUACGUACUUAAUGCAUAAGAAUUCAUUAUUUCAGGAUUAGGAAUUUUGUGUGACGGAAAACUUGAAAGAUGACAUGCUGUACCAUCUUGCUCAGAGUUGGUGACUUUAGCAUAAAUAAUUAAAUAUAUUACAUUAUUACCUAUGUUAUUAUAAGUGGUGAAAAUAAGGCAAGAGCCUUUUAAGCGAAUUUUGUCAUUAUUAACUGUGUUUCACGCUGAUAUUAUCACCCGAUAAAAAUUAUUUUUGGAUAUGGCACAACUACCUAUUAUACUGUUUAAGAUGUAUAUACAUCUUAUGUAAGACAUAGGCAUUUUUAAAUUUUGAUUAGCUUUCAUAUUUGCUUAUAAUUGUAUUGUAAUUGUAUUGUAUUGUAUUAAAUAAUAAUUUGUUGCACAUUUUAAUACAAUUAUAGAAACUCUGAGGAUAACUUUUAUUGUUCAAAUGGACUGUGCAUAGAAAUUUCGUGGGUUUGUGAUGGCCGUAAGGAUUGUUCAGAUGGUUCAGACGAGAUCAAAGAGUUGUGCGUUUGAUACGAGUAUGGAACAAAUACGUCCAUCGAUUGCGGUAAAGUAAAUAUAAACAACCAAGUAUUAUUGGAAGGAGGUAAGAAUAAAGCAACGGUUGAAAUAGCACCUUGGUUUGUUGCAAUAUUUCAAUUAUAUGAUAUGGAUUAUCAAUUUAUAUGUGUAGGAUCACUUAUUGCUCCACAUUUAGUCAUUUCUGUGGCUAAACCUUUUUGGGAAAAAGGUAUGUUAUCUAACCAGAUAUCAAUAAAUGAUGGUCUAUACAAUAUUGUUGUUGGGAAAUAUGAUAGAAAUUUUAAUGUUAUUGACAAUGACUUAACUCAAAUAAUGGAUGUAGACAUAAUAUACGUGUCUAAUGGCUAUAAUAAAAAUGAAAAUGGGCUCCACAAUGACGAUAUAUCUGUACUUAUAUUAGCAAACAAAGUUUCGUUUAGUAAUGGUAUUACACCUGUUUGCAUCGAUUGGAAUAGUAAAUAUAAUACACAGGAUGGUGAUCAAGGACAGGUAAAUUUUUAUAAUUUAUAGUUUGUUGUUUCAUUAAAUACUUAAAUUAUAAUUUGAAUUUGGUUGCCUGGUUUAAUUUUUACAAAGUGGUUAGAGGUUAUAGUUAAGCUAUGUGCACAAGUUAGUAAAUUUUGCUAGUAGCUUCACAUCGAUGUAUUCAGAAUAAAUUCAGAAAACCAACUGUAAAUAAGUGACAAAUUAAGGUCAAAAACAUAAAAUUUUCACAGUACAUUUUGAUAAAAAUUGGGAAAUUGUGUGUAAUUAGGCACUCUAAGUUAAUUUACGUAACAGCUCUGCUCUGAGGAACCUAAAA